ACACACACGCACACACACACACACACACACACACACACGCACACACACACACACACACACACACACACACACACAUACACAUACACGCACACACACACACACACACACACACACACACACACACACACACACACACACACACACACACACACACACACACACACACACACAAGACCAUUGCUGUACAUUGCCUCCCCACAUGGAAUAGCUUAGCUUAGCUUGUCGCUCCUUGUCCUUACAGUUAGCAUAUCCACUCACACAGCAACGCUGGUGUCUAUUAAAACAGCACAGCGCAGUCCCUCCCUCAUGGGAAAGUGUCCGUGAUAACCCCGGGUAGCUCACACCACAGGGCUGAGGGCAUUAGCCUGUCCCUCUCCUGAUUCUAAACACAAACACCUGGGCUAACCUGAGCUUGAGGGGAGUAGGGAACGGCUGGAUGGAUGAAGAAGUCCAUUGGAUAUGAGCUGGCCAUGUGGUGAGCCUUCAUUUACAAUGUAGGCGGUCGUAAAUCUCGGCAGGGCACAGAUUUACGAGCUGAAGGCUCAGAUGUCUGGAAAACGUAUGCAGAUCCAAAAGAAAACCGGAUUUAGAUGUUGAUGAAUUGGUUCUGUAGGACCUCUUUCACAACUGCAGCGCUUGUUUCUUCAGGGUUUUUGUUUUUUAAAGAAGAAAACAAUUCUUCUGCAGAGAAGAGCAGAAUUCUAUCAAACCUCAACAAGGUGUUAAUAGAAUAAAUGUAUUUAUGACAAUUAAGCAAACGGCAAGAUAGAUACCCAAUAAUGAUCCAACACAGCAGUUCUUACCAGUGGAACAAUAGCUAGAAUUUGUAUGGAUAUCCAGUCUGUGUGAGUUAAGGUUGAUUAUCCUUGAAUCUGGAUUCCAAACAGCAUAGACAGAGUGGGGCACUAGGACCUGCAGGAUUCCUCACCAGAGGCAGAAGUCAAGGAACUUCUCUCAUCUACUUUUCAACACAAUCAUCUUUCUUGCAAGUGCAGGGACCAGAGAGGAUUUUACAGGACGAAUGACGACACAAGUCGGUCUCAUUGACUUAUCCUGGGAACACCAACCCAUACUGGAAUAUUCUCUCAAGCUGACCUGAACACACUCACCUUCUGUGGAAGAGCCAGGACGGGGUUGGCUAAAGAGGGGCUGAGGGGAGAUAAACCAGAGAGACGAUCAGCCCUCAACAGUGACUGGGGCCCCUGGGCCCAGGGGCCAAGAUGGCAGCACUCCAGGAACCUGUCUCCUAUAAACACGCCGUGUAGAGGUUGGCCCCAGGGCGCCGGUUCCCGUGGAUACACGAUAUAGGUGUUUCUCCCAUGAGGUCGUCGAUGCUGGCCUGGCUCCUCUUCAUCACCUCCCUUCAGGCCAUCCCCGCGGGGGGCUCCUCCUGCCCGGACCACCGUGUCAGGACCUCCUCCUCUUCCUCCUCCUCCUCCUCCUCCUCCUCCUCCUCCUCCGGCGCCGUGCCCGUCGUGGACGCCAAGCUCUUCACUAAGCGCCGCCCCCGCUCGCCGCGCGUCCUCUUCAGCGCCCAGCCCCCGGCCUCCGCCCCGCCCGGCGUGGGCGUGAGGGCGGGGGCCGGGGGGGGGCGUCCCGCGCGCUCCCCGGGGGGCCGGACGCGGCGGGUGGCGCAAGGGACGGGGCCGCACCGCGGCGUGUUCUCGGUGUGCGACAGCAUCAGUGGGUGGGUGGUGAACAAGACCCACGCCACCGACAUCUCGGGUCACGAGGUCACCGUCCUGCCCAACGUCAACGUCAACAGCGUCAACAAGAAGCAGUACUUCUUCGAGACGUCCUGUCUGGGCGGCGGGGGCGGGGGGGCGGCGGGCGCGGCCGGGGGCACGGGCGUGUCCAGCUGCCUGGGCAUCGACGCCCGCCACUGGAACUCCUACUGCACCAACUCACACACGUUCGUGCGGGCGCUGACCACGUACCGCAACCUGGUGGCGUGGAGACACAUACGCAUCAACGUGGCGUGCGAGUGCGUGGUCAGCCGCAAGUCCUGGGCAAAGUCGUGACGGAUGGCGUGCGCGUCACACACAUACACACAAACUGUUGACACUAUACUUAAACUUGGUUGCGUCCGUUCUGUUUCUAUGAAACUGACCAAAAGCCAUCACCUCAUUCUCAGCACAAAGGGAGCUAUUUAAUAUUUCACAUCUGACCUAUACCGUCUGACUAUUUUUAACAUUUGAUUCGUUUUGGGGGCAUGGAAGGGUCCAUUAUUACCACCUGGGACCCCCAUCGUCCUUCUGGUGCUGCCCUAUGAUUUUCUUGCUGCCACGGAGUAAGCUGAAAAGUAUUUUAGAACAAUUCAAUUUUGUACUAUGUCCGGUUUUAACAUAUAUUUUUCAUGAACUUGCAUAAUUGAUGAUAAUGUUAUUUAUUAAACAUUGAAGUUGA